GGGCUUCCGGUGUGGUGUGGUGAGGGAAAUUCCAGUAGUAGGUUGAGUAGUUAGAAAGAGGAGUGUUGGGCGUGUUGACUGAGAAGCAGUGAUGAAUGGAGAGGGAGACUUUGGUGGCUCUGUGCAAAACAGCAAACAAGAAAGCUUCACUGAAAACGCAGUGGAGGAAGAGGUCCUGACCAAGGAAGCUGAACCAAAUGAAGCUCUGAUAUCUGUCAAUGACAAACCUGAAUCUCACCAUGAUGUAUUUGAUGGGCAGAAGUAUGAAGAUGAUUUUGAAGAAGGGGACCCAUUGGACUGCUGCACAUGUGUCACCUGGGCCAGGUGUUGCCACUGUAUACCAGAACCCAACAGAACGAGGCUGAAAUUUAGUCUGAUCUUCUUUGUUAACCUGGCAGUCUACCUGCUCUCAACCUCCUUCAUAUAUGUAGACAUAGGCCUGGAUAUUUACUACAUGGUGACAUUCCUGCACAGGCGUGGCUAUAUGAUAGCAUUAGGUCUCAGUGCUGCUUUCAUGAUGUUGUCUAUGCUUGUGGCUGCCAUUGUCAACAACCAGAUCAGAUUUGGGAGCGAGGAAGAAGCCACCGAAUCUCAGUCUUCAAACAGGAUGACAAAAGUGAAGAAAAACUGCAAAAGAUUGUGCUACCUGUUACUAGAUUUCCCCUUACCACAGCUCUAUAUAGGCUAUACGCUGCUUAAACAGACUUCACAUAAGAUGAAAUUGUUCUGCAUGGCUCUUAGCUGUUGUAAGAAGAGAGAACAAGUGGAGGAGAAUUUAGAGGAAAUUAAAAAAUGGAACAGAGAGGCCAGCAGGGGGCUGUCUGCUAGAAUUCCAACAGCUGUGUCUUUGGUGGUUUCGACUGACAGGGAAGCACAUAAAAAUUGCGAUGGCGACACCGGGGGUAGUGGAAGUGAUAGUUUACCAAUAACAGAGAAUGAAGUCGAAGAAAAUGUAGAGACUGAUAGAUUAAUGGGUGGCGAAAUUCCUUUGGAUGAUUUGGACACAGGAAAAGCAAAACAUGAUGGUGGUCAUGCUUCCGAAGUUACUGGUAAAGAUUACACAAGUACUGGAGCUGGGAGGGAUGAAAGUGACGAGGAAGAUGAGGAAAUCACUUACAUUGAUGAAGCUGCUGGAUUUUUCAAGUCUCCUUACAUUCCUCCCAAGAUGAAAGAAGACAUACCAGAUGGAGUGGAUCAUGCAGGGUUUUUUGUCAAUGUCCCAGGAAAGAGUAUUCCAAAGGAUUUGGAUAUUAUAGAAAACAUUGUCCAAGAUGAAGGUAUAGAUGUUCCAAAUACACAAAGAGAAAUCAACCUAGUGGAGAUGAGUAUUACCUCUGAUUUUUAUGUUGCCCGUAUUAAACUUUUAGAAAGUUUGCUUGAGGCUGCACCACAGCUUCUUAUCAAUCUUUUCAUCAUGAUGCGGUACCAUGAUAAUGUUGAGACUAUUCAAAUAGUAGUUGCUGUUGUUUCUUUCCUUUCAUUUGUGUGGGGCAUUGUGCAGUUUGAAAGACUGGCCAAGACAAAUGGGUGCUUUGAGCAUACACAAAGGUAUCGUGCUCCAAACCGCAUGGAGAUUUCACAGACUGUGCUGGUUUUUCUGUACAAAGCUUUGCUCCUGGGAGCACGUUUCCUGUCUCUCGUGUACUUUGCCUCAACAUUUACUUUUGUCAUUCUUGCUGUGGUAUUGACACAUUUUUUUCUCUCUGUGAUCUGGCUGACGUACAACAGAGUUCACUUUGGAGUUUUUAAAUUAAUGGAUGAGACUGUAUCUGUUCAGGAAAAAUGGCAACAUUUUUUGAUGAUAAUCAUCAACAGUGUGUUGAAUAUUUUCCUUUAUUUUCAUGAUAUGUAUCCAACAUGGGAAUCCCCCUCUCUUCUUCUGUCUGCGGACAUGGUGAUUUAUUACCUCUUUUUCACUGUGGAAACCAUAAUGUUAUUGCUUUUUCCCAUGGCAAGAAACAAGCACAACACAGACAAACACUACUACUUCAUAAUGAGUGCCUGUCUGCUGGGACUUUUUCUGGGUCUGGGUCUAAUGUUUCUGUAUUAUUUUUGUGUACACAAAUCAAAAAAGGUCAUGCGUCACAGAUAUCUUGGUUUUUGUAACCGAAAUAAGGACAAAAAUGUGCCCAUGCCUUAUAGGGACUAUCACACAAAGAACAUUAAAAUGAUAGAAAAGAGAGAUGUUGAUAAGGGAAAGAAGAUAGAAAUGGGUGAGAUGUACAAAGAGACAUACCUGGGGUGCAGGAAGAAAGGAGUGUGCAUCGUUUCAACACCAGGUGGCAUUUACAAGAUGGUCCCCCUGGAGGCUGUGAAAAGAAAAAUCCACAAGGAAACGACAAAAGUAGCACAAAAUAGUGAAGGAGAAGCAGAAACACAAAUUUGAUCGAGUUUGCCUUUUUAUACUGAAACAUUUUUUAUUUUUCUGCUGAGAGUCAAUUGUUUUUUUAUUUUAACUGCUCAAGAAGUUACUACCAGCAUUUGAAGAUGUUCCAAAGUUAUAUAUUAUAUGUUAAAAAUACUUAACUUUCCAAAUUCAAACUUAAAAUAAUUCAAAUACCUGACAGUGAUAGGUUUUCUGAACUGUACAGGAAGAUAUGGCAGUGUAAGUGACUGGUUACCCAUUUCGAACUUUUUUUUUUUUUUUAUUUAAAAAGGGUAUUUUUAAAUAAUGUUAAAACAUUGAAUUCAACUGCAGGGGUGGGUUGAGCAACAGUUUACAAGUUGGUUGAAACUGCUUUUUUCUUAG